AUGUUAGGCAAUCAAUCAAACGCCGAUCCGCCGAAGCCUUUGCCACUGACGGCCAAACUUAGCGCAACUCCCAAACAACCAAAGCCUCAAAACUCCGUAACACCUAAACCAAAGACACCGCCAACGGUUCCCAAACAAGGGUUACCAUCACAUUCAUCCAAUAACACACCAUCUUCUUCAUCACCAAAGGCUGUUCCUCCGCCCAAAAGGCAAUGGAAACCCAAAACCAAUGUUCCGUUUGACAAAUUGAUGUCAAAAGUGGUGUUCGCUUUGAGUGGUUUUGUUAAUCCAAAACGGGGUGAUUUACGAGAUAAAGCCAUUCAAAUGGGUGCUAAAUAUAGACCCGAUUGGAGCCAAUCUUGUACUCAUUUAAUCUGUGCGUUUGCCAACACUCCGAAGUACAACGAAGUGAUGUCACAAAACGGUAGAAUAGUUACCGAUAAGUGGAUUGAAGACACUUAUCGACAAAAACGACUCGUCUAUUGGAGAAAUUAUAUUCUGGGAAAAUAUAAUGGCGUCGAGUCGGAGGAAUCGGCUGAAGAGGAUGAGCCGCCAAUAGUGAUGCCUAAGAAUAGAAAACGUAUUCAAUAUAUUGACGACGAGGACGAAGAAGAGUCUCAAAUGCAAGAAGUGAUUGGUUUCGCACCAAAAGGCAGCGUUAAUAAUGAAAAGGAAUUGCAACCAAACAGUGAUCACGACAUGAAUGAUGAGAUCUAUGAUAUGGAGACAGACAACGAGUCCGGCGCUGACAACAACACCACCGCUAAAAUUGAUUCCCAGAAUAUAAGCGACAAAACUAUUGAUCCGAAGCCUGCUAUCGAUAUAUUCAAAGAAAGACGCUUUCAUUUGUACGGUCUGUUUGACGACAAAGAAAAACAAAUAUUAACUCAACAUAUCGUUACUCAUAACGGAAUAUUAGAGAACGAAAUCAAUUCAAGCGUUAAAUAUGUUUUGACAAAUUUUGAAUGGAAUGAAGACUUUGAACAAGCCUGUUCUCAAAACGAAUCUUCUUAA